AUGUCUGGAAGGAACCCCUAUAGUCCCUGCACACGUACUACACAGAAACCUGAGAGAGGAUAUGAGGGCCUUUAUCCUGUAACUGCAAAAUACCUUAUGCACUACAGCCCUCUGAAGAAGUGGAUGUCAACUACACCACAUUAUCUAGAUAUUGUAUUGACGUUGCUGUGCGCCGUUUGCGGUGUAUUAGGAGAUCGACACUAUAUCGCUAUUCCUGUUGAUGGUAUUGAUGGUAUCGACGUCAUCAAGGUGAAUGCAAUCGCACAUUCAUUAUCAAGGGUAGCAAAACAAACAAAAGCAUAUGUACCAUUCGCUGUAUCUAGUAUUUCUCAUCAAGAUGAUUCCGAGGUUCAGCAGCGUUCCGAGCGAUUGGCAACGCAUGUCCUGGAUUAUGUUGAUUUCGGAGGACAUACCGGCUCCAAUGGAGCUUUCAGUUGGUAUGCUGAUUAUCCGGCUCAUCGUUCGUAAUUUUCUGAAAUAAUAACUUACCGAAACAA